AUGUCUGGCGAAGAAAAGAUCAGAGUGUCGGGCGACAUCACUCGCGCCGACAGCUCUCCUGUCCUGCCCACCGUCAACCCCCAGGUUGACAAGCCGGCGCCCGCAAAGGCUUCUUUGCACCCCAUCUUCUAUGUUGUCACAUGGAUUGGCUUCAGUUCCUCCGUUAUCCUGUUCAACAAGUGGCUUCUGGACACGCUCAACUUCCGCUAUCCCGUUAUCCUCACGACUUACCACCUCACCUUUGCCACCGUCGUUACGCAAAUCCUGGCCCGCUGGACGACUCUUCUCGAUGGCCGAAAGACUGUCAAGAUGACCGGCCGCGUCUACCUGCGAGCCGUCGUGCCAAUUGGCAUCUUCUUCAGCUUGAGUUUGAUCUGCGGUAACCUGACAUACCUCUACCUCUCCGUUGCCUUUAUUCAGAUGCUCAAGGCCACCACUCCCGUCGCCGUCUUGAUUUCCGGCUGGGCUCUGGGUGUGUCCUCGCCAAACCUGAAGCAGUUCCUCAACGUCUCCGCCAUUGUCGUCGGUGUCAUCAUUGCGUCGAUGGGCGAAAUCCACUUCGUCGUUAUUGGUGUCAUGUACCAGAUUGCUGGUGUCAUCUUCGAGGCUCUCCGACUUACCAUGGUCCAGAGACUCUUGAGCUCCGCCGACUUCAAGAUGGACCCUCUGGUUUCUCUCUACUACUUCGCCCCCAUCUGCGCCGUCAUGAACGGUGUGGUUGCGCUGAUUUGGGAGUUCCCCAAGGUCUCCAUGGCUGAGGUUUACCACGUCGGCCUCUUCACCUUCUUCCUCAACGGUCUCUGCGCCUUCAUGCUCAACGUCUCCGUCGUUUUCCUGAUUGGCAAGACUUCUGCUGUUGUCCUGACCCUUUGCGGUGUCCUUAAGGACAUCAUGCUUGUUGUCGCUUCCAUGAUCAUCUGGGGCACACAGGUGACUCCCCUCCAGUUCUUUGGCUACUCCAUCGCUCUCGGUGGCAUGGUCUACUACAAGCUCGGCUUUGAGGCUCUCAAGGGCUAUGCCGGCGAGGCUGGUCGCCAGUGGGCUGAGUUCGGUGCUCGCAAGCCCAUUCUCCGCAAGCUGUCCAUCAUUGUGUUGGCUGUCUUCCUCAUUUUCUGUCUCUUUGGCGGUCUGGCUCCUACUUAUGCCCCUGAGUACGACCCCCACAAGCUGGCCUCUGAAGUCACCAACCACUUCAAGGGCAAUGCUGCUGCUGCGGCUGCCGCCCAGGAGGCUUCUUAA